CUGGUUAGCACAUCUGCCUCACAAUUCUGAGGACCCGGGUUGAAAUCCGGCCUCGCCUGUCUGGAGUUUGCAUGUUCUCUCUGUGCCUGCAUGGGGUUUUCUUCAGGUACUCCGGUUUCCUUCCACAUCCCAAAAACAUGCAUGCGCGGUACUGUGGUGAUAGCCACGGGGGAGCAGUAAAGCGAGAAGGCCCUCGAUGCGAAGACCAAGAACAGGAGUUCUCCCACACGGGUGUGGCCUUUCAUAAGUGCCACAACACUAUCUGUUCGACUUUAUAAAAAAAAAAAAUAUAUAUAUAUAUAUAUAUUUACAGUUUACAGGAUAGCCAUGGGGCAGCAACAAAAGAGUCUCGGUUACAAAACUUUUGACGAGUGCCAAGUACCAUGUUUAUCACAUCAAAAGAUCCGUGAGGAAGAAGAGUUCUCACACUCUUUGCUUGUUGUUGCUGUUCUCCAAGCAGCACUUUCCCAUGCAUGCACACAAGGGAAUGAAUCAUGGUCAUUCUAUAGAGAUAUAGCAUCUUACAAACAAUCAAUUGUAAGAUACCUUUGUAAAAUUAUGAAGGUCAUUCACCUUUUUGAUUGGAAUUGAAAUGAUGCAAUUUAUAAAUAAUUGGUGAAUAUUUACAUAUCCAGUUCAAUAAUGAUGUGUUCAGUGAUUUGUUUCUUCCGAAUGUGAUUUUCUACCCCGAAACCAAAAUAAAAAGGUUAAAUUUAGAAAAUGAAAACAAACCCAAAAAAUGCAUUUAUGCUGUGGAAGUUAGGGCUCAUGUUGCACUAUUGUCCUGUGGAUUGCCCUCGCACGCCCCUUUAGGCGACACUAUAAAUGUGGGCGAUGACUGGGAGACACAAAAUGAUGAUUUGCAGCAUAAUGAAGUUGGUGCUGGUUGUGUGCCACCUUGGUGUCAUAUUAAGAACCCAGGCUCAGAUACCAGCUAAGUGCAUUACGAGUAACACAAACAGACCACCAGAAAACUCUGACAUAAUGGUGGACUGCGGCACCGAGCACAUGGACCUGAGCAUUUACCUUUGUCCAGUGUACCAAGCGCUCUACAACGAGUCCCUCAUGGUGCUCAACAAUGAGUAUAACAACGACAAAUGUUUCGGUACGGCGGAGUUUGACGUCAACCCACCUGUCUUAAAAUUCAGCUUCCCCAUAAAUGAAAGCUCUAUGUCGGUGUGCGGGAAUGAUUUCAAGAUCAUCACUCAGGUGGGCACCGGAGCAUUCGCAGACUUCUCCAAUGUCCAGUUUGUCAACAUCUCCGGCGCCGUCACCUCCACUGAUCCGUCGACUGGCGUGAUCACCUACCGGCCGCAGCUCCUCUACAAGUUCUCCUGCCUCUACCCUAUGCAAUAUAUUAUCAAUAACACUGAGCUGGCCGUAUCUGGUGUGAACUUGGCUAUCAAAGACAACAAUGGCAGCUUCAUAAGCACAUUGAGCUUGGAGUUAUAUGAAGAUGAUCAGUUCCAAAAUGCUCUUACCAUUCCACCAACGGGGCUCCAACUGAAGACCAAAAUCUAUGUUGCUGUGCGAGCCACUAAUCUAACGGACAGGUUCAACGUGCUGCUGGAUCGAUGCUACGCAACCACAAACCCCUACCCCGACAUUGACUCCUUCUAUGACCUUUUUGUUGGCUGUACACGUGAUGACCAGACCGAGGUGUUGCUCAACGGCGAUUCCCAAGUGGCGCACUUCUCCUUCGAGGCCUUCCGAUUCGUGGAGCACAGGAAUCGGACUGUGUCCACGUUCUACCUACACUGUGUCACCAGGCUGUGCGAGGUGUCCACCUGUAGCAUUCUAAAGCCGGACUGUGGCUCAAGCCAAAGAAUAAGAAGAGAGGCUGAUGACGUGUUGGCUAACGCUACAGUUACCUCGACGGCCAUUUUGGUGGCCAAAAAUAGCGUAGAAGAUUUUCAGACUAACUCGGCGACUUACGGUUCGUCAGAGAGCCGCUACAGCGACACUGUGGUGGCGGUCAUCGUCUGUAUUGACAUCCUGGCCAUUCACUUCACCGCUUAGGCUGCUUACUUUGUUUAUUAUAUCAGAUAUAGAUGAAUCAAGCAUGCUGUAAUAUU